AGAAGAAGAUAAUGCCGGCAUCAACUAUGGUGGGGGAUCCGAGCUCGUGGUCUCGAGCGAUGGUUAAGAUCUCUCCUUACACCUUCUCCGCCGUGGGCAUCGCCGUUGCUAUUGGCGUUUCCGUCCUCGGCGCUGCCUGGGGGAUUUACAUAACUGGAAGUAGUUUAAUUGGUGCUGCAAUCAAAGCUCCUCGUAUCACUUCUAAGAAUCUCAUCAGUGUAAUCUUUUGCGAAGCUGUUGCUAUAUAUGGGGUCAUUGUGGCAAUUAUUCUACAAACAAAGUUAGAAAGUGUUCCAAAAUCACAGAUCUAUGCACCUGAGUCCCUUAGAGCAGGCUAUGCAAUCUUUGCAUCUGGGAUCAUUGUGGGAUUUGCAAACCUUGUCUGCGGGUUAUGUGUAGGAAUAAUUGGCAGCAGUUGUGCAUUGUCUGAUGCCCAGAACUCAACACUUUUCGUGAAGAUUCUUGUGAUUGAGAUCUUUGGUAGUGCACUGGGGUUGUUUGGAGUGAUUGUAGGAAUUAUAAUGUCAGCUCAAGCAACAUGGCCUUCAAAAGGAGUGUAAUUUGUUGUUCUGGUUGGAGCAUGUGGAGUACAAUAUCCUUUAUGUAUUUUAAAUGAACUUUCCCUGUUCUUUUCUCCUUUCUUAUUGAUAGGCAUGUAAAAACCUGUUCGGAAGUAUUAUAUUGCACCUUUCUAGUGCUAGUCUGUAUUUUUUCCUGCGAGAAAUAAGAUUUAUGGAGAAGUCUUCUUGUUUGAAGUUUGA